GAGGAAGAAGAGGAGGAGGAGGAGGAGGCAGAGCAGUUCGUUCUGGUGGAGCUGUCAGGAAUUAUUGAUUCAGACUUCCUCUCCAAAUGUGAGAACAAAUGCAAGAUCUUGAUACUCUUGGAACCUGUGUUAUAUUUGAAGAAGAUGUUGAACACGUGGAUACAGAAGGCAGCAGUAAGACAGUGCUGAGAUAUAAGUGCCACACCACGAAGAAACUCAGCAUGACCAGAACACUGCUGACCGAGAAGAAGGAGGGAGACGAAAGCACAGGAGGAGUAGAAUGGCUGCAGAUGAAAGAUAAUGAUUUCUCCUACAGACCCAACAUGAUUUGUAGCUUUCUACAUGAAAAUGAAGAUGAAGUUGUAGCUCCAGCCUCAAAAAAACGUCUGAAGGUGGAAGAGCGAGAGACUAAAGUGAAAGGCGGUUCAAGCCUCACCUGUGAGCAGGAGAACGCACUGGAAACAGCGGCUUCUGGUCCUCCUGUCAGCGUCCCUUCUUCUGAGAUGGAAGGUCUCACUCUGUAGUCCGUGCUGGGCUUGAACUUGCUGUGUUGUGCAGGCUGGCCUUGACUUCAUAAUGGUCCUGCCUGAACUUCCUGAGGACACGUACACAGGAAUGGUGGCCCACACCUGUAAUCCCAGCUGCUUGGAGGGCUGAAGCGGGACUUCAAGAUUACUUGGGCAACUUAGUGAGAUGCUGUCUCCAAAAGGGGCGUGGGGCGGGGACGCAGCUCAGGGGUAGGGCACCUGAGUUUGCUCCCAGUGUCACAAAACAAUAAAGCUCACGUGACUUUGGA